AAACCAUGAAAUUCUUCAUCCUUACGGUUUUGGUGAUUACCUUAAUUGAUCAGAGCUUCGGAGGAAGAUGUUCUAACCCAAGAGCUUACAGCGGUAAAGUAGUAGCUGAUCCUUGGGGCACGUAUCGCGGUGAAUGCGUCUCUUUUUACAAGACAUGUUCUGGAGAUCAUCGUCCUACGACGCAAUGGAGGAGAGGAAUGCGGGUAAAAAAUGCUAAUAUACCCGUCGGCACAGGAAUUGCAUCUUUUACGAACGGAAAUCGUUACGUCGGCAGCAAUUGCAAUAGACCUAAUCCAUGUGGGCAUGUUGCAAUUUAUGUUGGCCAGAAUUCGCAAGGAAUUCAAGUUUGGGAUCAGUGGAGGGGUCAACCUGUUCACUAUCGUACACUUUACUUCGGUAGGGGCAGCAGCAGCAACAACGGUGAUCAUUUCUACGUCAUUAACUAAUUGAUUUAUCAGCAAAGGCUAGAUUUUCUUUUUUGGUAUACCAAGGGGAUUCAGACACCAUUUAUUUCCACUUCCUUUUUCCAUUGUGCUUAGGCUGCAUAUAACUUUUACCGACAUUAUAGACCUUGCUACUGGUAGGCCAGUAAUAAGCGUUUUCGUAGCACUACUAAUUGGCAAGGAAACACAUGAAUGUUUAAUUUUGUAGAAACUCUGUGGCAAAAAUGAGUU